CAUGUUGGGUUAUUUAACUUGUCGGAUUUAACUGAGUGCUCGCAAAGAAGAUAUUGUUUAGUUGUUCGUAUGUGUGCGGUGAGGUUAAAAUUUCUUAAUUAUUGCAGUGUUGGCUCAAUUAAAGAAACGGAAUAAUAAUAAUUUAUGGGAGGAGGUUUUCCGUCAAAGAUGAACUGUUAAAUUCUGGAAUCUCUGUCAGAGCUCUUGUAUAAUUGAGAUUUCGAGACCAAUAAAAACGAAAAAUAGCACAGCAUUGUUUUUUCCGAUAUAAGUAGACUCUUACGCAUUGUCAUGUUGUCGAAUUUGUAAAUACACUGACAAAAAUGUGUGAAUACUUUUCAGUGCGACGCCUCGUCGUGUAUUACUGCUUGCUUGCCCUUAUCUGAUCAAUUCUUUCGAACAUGCGAACCAACCCACUAUUCAAUUCAAUCAUCUUUUACAUUUAAACGUGCACUAAAUUAUGAUUUCAAUUUUAAUGUGUUCUGUUGCGUUGAUUCUUACAUCUAUAGAGGCCUCGCCAACUCCUACACCGACAAAUAAAUGCUUCGACGAAUUACUGGAUGCAUUCAUAACCGUAGAAACCCACCGAAAAUCCGUUUUGAAGGAGGCACAAAACGAGGGCACUAAGCUGAAGAACAACGAGACGAUCGUGUUUCUCGAGGUUUUAAGAGAGGCAGAUGAAGCCCUCGUGAACGUGCGACACUAUUUUGAUGCGGGGAGGAUUUUGUUCGAUUUCAGGAAUGGCAAGUCAAAUCUCAAGCCGGCAGAUGCAGCCCAGAAAACUGAAAUCUUGCGAGACGAAAAAUUCUUGGGCACCCAAAUGCUUAAGCUGGCCACAAUCUACAAAAUUUUGGAAUCCAAAAUGGGAGAGCUGCCUAGAGAAGCGUUGAGCACGUUUCGGCCCCUUCUUGACACCCUUAAGCAUAGUGAUGAAGCUUUGACUCCACUUGCGAAACAAUUUGAGAUCGAUUUGGAGGAGACUAAGAAAAAGAUGUCCAAAUGAUUCUGUGUAAGUCGGCAUUUGAUUCACGACUUUUGGCUGCCAACUUGUUGUAGAGUAUAAGGAGCCGUAUUGAACCAGCAUUUUCAACUGAACAUAUCGCCUGACAGCCUCAUACCCCGGGAUCAUAUUUCCAAUACCGAUGUCUAUUCAAGAAACCUCAAAAUAAGAACAAUAGAGGAAGAAAAACCACUUGGAAAUUGCUCGUUCAAGCUCUAAAACCGAACAUUCCUUUUCUAGUGUAUUUUAUUGAUUGUGACUGUGCGACUCAUUAUAAAUAUUUUAUUUGAGCACUUAAUUAACAUCUUAUUAUAAAGUAAUCUUAAUGUUCAAUAUCUGUACACUUUGUAUAUAGCUAGGACCGGUGUCCCAGCCCACCCAUUGACUUUAUUGUGUACAUAAUUUAGGAUUAAAUUAAUAGCGCUAAUACUUGUAAAUAUCCUGUAGUUCCCUAUGUUUUAAUCAAUAAAAAAACAAAAAUUUC